CCGCGCCCUGCCCGCGGCUCGCCGGCCGCGCCGAUCCGGCUCCGCGAUGACUCCCCGGCUGCCGAGCAGCCUGCGGCGGCUGCUGCUGCGCCUCUCCCUCUGGGCGCUGAUGGGCAGCUCGGUCCCCGCUCUGCUCCGGGCUGAAUUUACAUCACCUGUGGAAAGAAAUAAGGAAGGUGGACUGAAAAUGCCAAACCUAUGCAAAUUUUGUGAUAUUAAAGUAACAACCUGCUCAAACCAACAUCAGUGUAAGAGCAACUGUAACAUCACUUCUAUCUGUGAGAAGAGUAGUGAAGUCUGUGUUGCUAUAUGGAGACAGAAUGAUGAAAAUGUGACAUUAGAAACAAUAUGCCACGAUCCCGAAGAAACACUGUAUGGUCACUUUUUGGAUGACUAUAAAUCAGAGCAAUGUUUGAUGAGGGAAAAGAAGGAUGAUGGGGGAUUGAUGUUCAUGUGUUCCUGCACAGGUGAAGAAUGCAAUGAUAUGCUCAUUUUUACAUCAGAUGACCCUCAUAAACCAGAGGAGAAAGAUGAAAUUUCCAAAGUCACAAUCAUAAGUCUUGUCCCAUUACUGGUGAUUUCUGUUGCUGUGAUUGUUAUCUUUUAUGCCUACCGCACUCACAAGAAGAGGAAACUCAGCAAGACGUGGGAGAAGAAUGUUAAGCCCAAGAAGCAUAAGGACUGCAGUGAUGUCUGUGCCAUUAUGUUAGAUGACGACCGCUCAGACAUCAGCUCCACGUGUGCCAACAACAUCAACCACAACACAGAGCUGCUGCCCAUUGAGUUGGACGUUGUUGUUGGCAAAGGAAGGUUUGCUGAAGUGUAUAAAGCCAAAUUGAAGCAAAACACAUCAGAACAGUAUGAAACUGUGGCAGUCAAGAUUUUCUCCUAUGAAGAAUAUGCUUCCUGGAAAACUGAGAAAGACAUUUUUUCAGAUGUAAACCUCAAGCAUGAGAACAUACUCCAGUUCUUGACAGCAGAGGAGCGUAAGACAGAUCUUGGCAAACAAUAUUGGUUGAUCACUGCCUUCCAUGCUAAAGGAAACUUGCAGGAAUAUCUCACACGGCACAUUAUCAGCUGGGAGGACCUCUGGAAACUUGGUGGGUCCUUGGCCCGAGGGAUUGCCCAUCUACACAGUGAUCACACACCCUGUGGUCGUCCCAAAACACCAAUUGUACACAGAGACCUAAAGAGUUCCAACAUCCUGGUGAAAAAUGAUUUAACCUGCUGUCUCUGUGACUUUGGGUUAUCCCUGAGGCUGGACCCUUCCUUGUCUGUGGAUGACUUAGCUAACAGUGGGCAGGUGGGCACAGCAAGAUAUAUGGCCCCUGAGGUUUUGGAGUCCAGGAUGAACCUGGAGAACAUGGAGUCCUUCAAACAAACAGAUGUGUACUCCAUGGCUUUGGUCCUCUGGGAAAUGACAUCUCGCUGUAACGCUGUCGGAGAAGUGAAAGAGUACGAGCCCCCAUUUGGCUCCAAAGUGCGAGAACACCCUUGUGUGGAAAGCAUGAAGGACAAUGUCCUGAGAGACAGAGGGCGACCUGAGAUCCCCAGCUCCUGGCUUAACCAUCAGGGCAUCCAGAUGGUGUGUGAAACCCUCAUUGAGUGCUGGGACCACGACCCCGAGGCCCGACUGACGGCGCAGUGCGUGGCCGAGCGCUUCAGCGAGCUCAAGCACCACGACCGGCUCUCAGGGAGGAGCUGCUCGGAGGAGAAGAUUCCCGAAGACGGCUCCGUGACCACUGCGAAGUAGCGCGUGCCCAAGAGCUCCGGAACGGAGGGAAGGCGCUCCUAGACGUGUUCACCUUGGCAAAGGAAGAAGUCUUGAUCAGUGCCUUGACUUGCUUCCUGGAGGACUGAGGCUGUCACUACUCCCUUUAGGCUCCAGCUCUGGACAGGGAGAUGUAUUCUGGGAAUUAAAAGCUGGGGGAGUAGCAGUCAUACCCUAGCACUGGCGGCCAGCAUCAUGUCGUAGGAGGAGCUAUAUAUGGUAGCACUUCCUCAGGAAAAGGAUUUGAAAAUAGCCAAUAACAUUAUGCACUUUAUUAAUGCCUGUAUAUAACUAUGAAAUUGCUAUUUUUAUAUAUAUAUAUAUAUAUAUAUAUAUACAUAUAUAUAUAUAUAAAAUGUGUGUGUAUGUGUAUAUAUAUAUAUCUAUCUAUAUAUCUAUAAACAGCCAUGUCCUGGGAAAAGAAAAGUUAUUAAAAAAAAGUGCUUCCAGGAAAUUACCAGUGCAUUAGAAAUCCCACCACUUAGGGAAGGAGCCUGGGGAGACUGGUAUAGCACCACACCAGCAAUUGUGCACUAAGCAUUCUGCCAAAAAAUAGGAAUAAUAUACAAUAAGAAGAUGAUUUUCAAAGCAUGUGCUGUGACCACCUGGCUGUCGUCCUGCUGUUCGCAGUUGCAGGAGCAGUCUCACAGCAGACAGGCCAAGUUGACUUUGCUGUUGCACUUGCAUAGUCUUGUCUGCAGCACAUUGUGGAAGGUUCAGAAAUGCCUUUUCCCUCUCAUCUUAACCCCAGAAUCUUCAAAGUGUUCCAGAACAGGCAUGUGAGGAGGUUUGGUCCUUCCCACAUGUGCCCUUUGUUAUCGAGUUCAUUAGUGUUGUACGUUUAUUGCUUUGAAUUCAUGCAGCUUGCAAACAGGUUGCAAAAUAUCAGCAGAAUGAGUUUUCCCCUCCUCCCAUCCCCACCACCAAACCACACAGAUCAGGACAGGGCCAACAACAAUACAAGCAGAUGUUUUAUAUUUGCUGUGCAUUCUGAGUGUGGGCAGUACUAUUUUUUUCCCCUGUCUUUUACCUCGACUGUGUUGCUAUAAGAACAAGGAAUUUUUUCCCCUGUACAGUGUGUCUAAUUGCUAGGCAAACCACAGUGUGACUGUUCUAUGCUUUCUAAAGUAAGAGGCAACAGCUAUUGCCUUUAUUUUUGCAAAAAUACCUUGGAGGUGAGGGAAAGCUCUAUAGCAAUAGGUUAAUGGCAUAUCCUGCCCUCAGCAACACUGCCUCAGCAAGUCAGCAACCCACAGAA